CCGACAAAAUCUGAUUUUAUGAUGACUUCCGAAUUGGAUAAAUUUUUGGAAAUGUCUCUUGACGAGUAUAUAGCAACAAAGAAGGACGUUUUUCGCAACCUUGGUAACAAAAGCAUCGGUGCUGCCUCUAAAUCCACUAUCAACACCGGACCUGCCUUUAAAGCUGAACGGCGAAAGUCUAGAGAUGAUGAAGUUGAAGAUGAAGACGAAGUUAUGGAUAAUGAAUCAGAAUUACUAGGUGAGGGAUCUUUUCUAAAUUCCAGCGACAAAUUAAACAAGUCUCUUGGGAUGUGGCGAGGCCCGAGCGCUGAAACCAACUUUAUUGAUUUGGAAUACAUGAAGGAUGAUUUCGAUGAGAUGUUCAACGAUCCUGAAUUAAAGAAGUCAUGCGAAGGGAACCCACUAAGUCAACAAAAGCAAAAUAAUCCAAAGGAUUUACGAGAAAGAAUUAAUAAUGGCCCAAAUUCCAACAACAACCACAACAACAACAAUAAAAAUAAUAUGGGAGAAAGACGCACUAAUGACCCAAAUCCCAACAACAAUAAAAAUAGUGUACGAGAAAGACUUACUAAUGGCCCGAGUCCCAAUAAAAGUAACAAUAAUAAUAACGCCAACACCAGCAAACAACAGAAAACACCGGUACAGGCACCAAAUAAACAGAACAAUGUUAAUGCAAAUGCUAAUUGGCGUUCGAAUAUGCAAACGCAACAACACUCAAUGUCUCUAACAAGUCUUAAUACGGAAGGUGGCCUAAGUGGCAAUGGGCAGUAUCGUCGACGCUGGAAUAAUAACUUUCGGAGACGUAAUAAUGACGGAUGUGGGAAUCGCGGAAACGGCUUUGUGAAUAUUGGCGCUAAAAACAUGAAUUGGAAUAAUAAUCGAAACGGAGGAGCUUCUGGGAUGCAUAACAACAACAAUUCUAUGAACAACGGACGUAUACAACGUUCUAAUCAACGCAGCAAUGUGGAUCUUAACAAAAGAAUUAAAAGUGUUCUGGAGCAAAUCAAUAGCGCAGGUUCAAUGUAUCUCAAUAGGCAGGCAGGUUCUGUUCGAGAUUUGACUAUUGAAUGCCCAAGUAUAUCGUUUCCUGGACGAAUAACUACAGGCGGUCUACAAACUGCUGCACAGCCAAUUCUACAAAACCAACAACAACAAACGCAAAGUGACUUGAAGUCUUUGCUAGGUGUUAACGAAAGUAAUUUAAAAGCAGAAACUAUGGCAAUGUGGGCUGGAAAAUUACUCGAUUUGUUUCAAUCUGGACAACAGCAGACUGUUCAUAAACCCAUCUACGACAUACAAAUUCAAAAGGAAAUUCAUCAGUUGCAGGGCAAACCACUUUUUUAUAAAUGCCCUAGUGGCGAAGUUGUAAGUUCAGACGGCUCUGGCGUCGACAAUUGCAAGGUUACACCAAGUUCAAGCGGUGUAACGCUCAACUAUAGAUUCGGCUGAAAG